AUGGAAGAAGGCAAUUCAGCUCACGCAGGUGGGGCAGCAGCACAAAAUGUAGGCUACUGGAAUGAGGAGAAAAAUGUAUGCCUGCCCAGACGUACCGGAGCCGCUUCCGUAUUGUAUAAAAACCACAUAUACCUAUUUGGGGGGUACAAAUCUGAAAAGAGGCUAAACGAUUUUUACAAAUAUAACAUUGCAGAAAAUGAGUGGAUCAAAAUCGAGUCCCUAAAUGGGCCAUCGAAGAGGGAAAAUAACCCCUCCUUUUUAUUUAAAGAUAAAAUGUAUAUACUAGGAGGAUACCAAGGAAACGAAAUAUGGCUGAAUGAUUUUUAUGUAUACGAUUUGAGGAGAGAGAAGUGGCAAGUGGUUAAUGUGAAGAAGGAGAGCAUGAGGUUUGCCCCCCCUUCCUUAUUUGGAUUCGCCCUAGCUGUGGAUGAACUCAAAGGGGUGCUCUACCUAUUUGGAGGAUACGACGGAAAAUCGGUGCAUAACAAAAUGUAUGCCUUCAACUUGGAGGAAGAAAAAUGGAUUCAGACGAAGCAGAGUGGAGAGAUACCCAGUCCCCGAUCCUGUGCCAUAGGGCACAUCUCCGACGGGUAUUUCUACGUUUUCGGGGGGUACAACGGGGAGUACGGUUUGAACAUUUUCUACCAGUACCAUUUGGAGACGGGCAUUUGGACGGAGAUGAAGUAUAACAUGCUGCAGGGGGGGGCGGCAAAUGAAGCGGUAGAAGCGGUAGAAGCGGCGGAGGAGGCAGAUGCCGCGGAAGAAAACCAAGUCGAUGAGACCCACCUCUUCGGAGAGUCACCACUGGGCAGAAUUUCACAGAGGAGAAAAAACCAAAGGCAGGCAUCCCCCCACGAUAGAGCAAUCCCCGUGGCGAGAUACUUCAUGGGGUCAUUUAUACACAAUAAAUGUAUAUACAUUUUGGGAGGGUACAACGGCCUAAGGUGUGAAAGGCUAAACGAUUUAUAUAAAUUUGACCUGCACAAAAGAAUCUGGUAUAAAAUACACACCCGUAAUAAUUUCACCAACAGGAGCAGCAUGAAUACCCAUUUUUAUAAAAACGUCAUUUACUGCAUAGCAGGAUUUGAUGGGAAAAAUUCCCUCAGCGAUGUGUACGCUUUGAAAUUGGAGGAGGUCCACAUCGAGCCGUCUUCCCUCAUCGAAUACUACCGAAUGAUGGUUAACAAUUACAGGUACGCAGAUGUCAUUUUUUUGGUGCAGAAUAAGUACAUUUAUGGCUGUUCUUCCAUUAUGCUUUCCAGGUGCCCAGGCUUUAAGGCGCUCCUCCAUUUGGGGACUUCCUCCGUGGGGUCACCAAGUGAAAUACCCCUCGGAGAAGGGCAACAGCACUACACGGGGAGGGACUUCUCACCAGAGAGCGACGGAACAGAAAAAGGAGAGAAAAUAAAAAACCUCAGAGUCAUCCCAAUUCAUGAUAUGGAUCACGACAUCUUCCUAAUAAUUGUAAAUUACCUCUACACAGAUGAACUCUCCAUGCUUUACUCCCUGGACACCUACAUGCACAUCGUCUUGGCCGCCUACCGAUACAGCAUCUUCAGACUCAUGCAGCUCUGUGAGCGAGCCAUCAGCCACCAUAUAAACGAGGCGAACGUUAUGGACAUCCUCAUUUUGAGCUACCGAAUUUGUUGCAAGCAGCUAUGCACAGCUUGCAUCGAUUUUAUUAUUAACAAUAAACUGUUGGACGAGGCGAAGAUUAACCGGCUUACGUUGGAGCCCUACUUGCUGGGCGAGAUUUACAAAAAGUGGAUCUUCAACUGA